AUGAUAAAGGUUAUCAUAUUGUAUUAAUCAUUAGGUUAUGAUUUAUAUUUGGGAUAAAAAUAUGAUGAGGCAAUAUAAAUAUUAGAUAAAUCACUAUAAUAUAAUCCUAAUAACCAUUUAUCUCUAUGGUGUAAAGGUAAAAUUAUAGAUGAUUAAUAGGUGCAUGUUUAAGAAAUUUAAAUAAAUAUGAAGAUGCAAUCACUUGGUUAGACAAAGCAUUAGCUAUUGAUACUAAACAUGUUAAUUCCUUAUUUGAUAAAGGUAGAUUGAAUCAUAAUUUUAUUAAUAGGUUAAUGUUUAGAAAUUUAAAUAAAUAUGAGGAUGCAAUCACUUGGUUAGACAAAGCAUUAGCUAUUGAUACUAAACAUGUAUUUUCCUUAAAUGAAAAAGGUAGAUUGAAUCAUAAUUUUAUUAAUAGGUAAAUGUUUAAGAUUAUUGAAAAAAUAUAAUGAAUCUUUAUAAUUACUGGAUUAAGCAUUGUUAAUUAAUCCACAACAUUUAUUUUCUCUCUAAACUAAAGGUAUCAUAUAGUUGUAUUUUUUAGGAGAUUGUUUAAGAGAUUAAUAAAAAUAUAAAGAAUCUUUAAUUUAUUAUGAGAAAUCAUUAGAGAUUGAUCCAAAUAACCAAUAUUCAAAAAACUAAAAGGGUAUGCUUAAAUUAUUAAAUUAGAAUUUUGCUAAAAGAAAUUGAAUCAAUGA